GAACCAGAUUAACCGCAAACUCGUUGUAACAAAAAGAGUGUGUUGAAUAUUAUUAUUAUUAGUCUUCAUAUAUUCUUACUUGCGCCAUGAGUGUGGAAUAUACAAAUAUCGAUUUACAAAUUGAUGGACAUCGAGUUUAUGGCCUUCCACGUGUUUUAGUGCUUCUAAUUAUUGGUUCAAUGUUUGGAUUUUUGUUUGUUACGUUAAUGCAUUCCGAUAUAGCCUCGUGGUCUUCAGCGUGCUAUAAUGCUUAUCAAGUGCCUUCUGUAAUCGGUAAUUUAGAUUCAUCGAAUCUUGUUCAGGAGACCGGGAACGACGCCGCACACGCAAAAGUUCUUGCACAAAACAACACCACUCUGGCAGAUCAACUUUUCCAAGAAGUGCGGGUACUCUGUUGGGUAAUGACAAACCCCAACAAUCACCAAGCAAAAGCCCUACACGUAAAACGAACGUGGGCCUCACGGUGCAAUAAAAUCCUGUUCAUGAGUACGACUGUUGAUCCUGUUUUGAACAGUAUCGCUCUACCCGUAAAAGAAGGACGCCAUCAUUUAUGGGCGAAAACGAAGGAAGCAUUCAAGUACAUCCACAAGCAUCAUCUAGACGAUGCCGAUUGGUUUCUGAAAGCAGAUGACGACACAUACGUUGUGCUCGAGAACCUAAGAUAUAUGCUCUACCCAUAUUCAUCCAGUAAUCCAAUUUACUUUGGUUGCAAAUUCAAAGUGUCUGUGAAGCAAGGUUACAUGUCUGGCGGUGCUGGCUACGUCCUCAGCAAAGAAGCCCUGAAGCGUUUUGUCGAAAAGGCAAUUCCGAACAAAAGCUGUCGGCAGGAUAGCGGAGGUAGCGAGGAUGUCGAAUUAGGCAAAUGUUUGGAAUUAGUGAAUGUACUGGCAGGUGAUACGAGGGACUCUCUUGGAAGGAGUCGAUUCUUCCCAAUGUCACCUGAGAAGCAUCUGAUACCGAAUAAUGAUGAUUGGUAUCUGCGUUACUCCUACUACAAUACAGAUGAGGGAAUUGAGUACUGCUCGGACAAUGCGAUUUCCUUCCACUAUGUUUCGCCUAAUCAAAUGUACGUACUGGAUUAUCUGAUCUACCGUUUGAGGCCAUACGGUAUUACUGGUUACUCACCACCUCUACCGAAAAGGCUCUCAGUAGAGGAUAAUACUGUGGGGUUGCGGGCUUUUAGUAGUAAUGAAUCGUAUAAACCAGAUAAGCAAAACAGAAUGACGAAUAAAUAA